AUGGCGAAUAAAGCGUUUCUUGUGAGAUUUUUUUCGACAGUCAAUGUUAUUUCAACUGUCGUAUCUAUGCUACUAUUAAGAACAAUCGCUAAUUAUAACAUAUGUAAAUUACUUUUAACAAUUUUAGCAUUUCAAUACUUGACUGGUUGGUUGUUAUUAGAAUUAUUAGCAUACAAUGGAAACUUUUCUAGAUUCACAAAGAUUCCACUUAGUUGCAGACUAUUCUUUUCGGGUCUUUUAUUCCUUCAAGAUUAUAUUCAAUCAUAUGUUAUCGUUGAAACAUCGGUAGGCAUGGUUCAGUUUAGCAAAUCAUUAGGCGCUGUAACAUUAUUCAUUUACGAUUAUCUUUUCAAAUCUAAAAAACGAAAUACAUCUAAAUUACCGUUCCUUUUAUUAUUUGUUUUCGGAACAUUCAUUGCAUCAUUCAAAGAAAUAGAAUUUAGCUUAUUUAAUUUAGGAACAAUAAUUUUUGCGUGCUUUUUAUCUGCAUACACAAAUAAUUACGCUUCUGACCUUGCUAUUGAAUGCUCUGUUUCAGGAACUCAGAUUACACUUUCAAUAUUACCAUUUCAAUUCAUAUUUUCGAUUAUUUCAUCAAUUUUAUUUGAAUCUAAUCCAAACAAUGGCUUCUAUUCAUAUCAAUUUGGAUUAGUAAGCAUUGUUUUAAUAGUCUGCAGCAGUUUCACAGCAGUUUGGUGCGUUCUUUCUCAUUAUUCAGUUAUAAUUGAAACUUCACCACUUCAUUUCGAAUUUCUCGGAGCAUUUAAGACAAUAUUUACACUAUUAUUACUUUAUUUCAUUCCAGGUUUCCAAAAAUUAACAACAGUUCAAUAUGUGAUGCAAAUUGUUGGUAGUACUAUCGCAAUGAUUGCAUAUGGACUCUAUAUGAGAUCAGAGAACCAAGUUUUGUUAGAUUCAAACGGAAUGCAAUUUUAA